GCGUCCUUAUUCCAGCAGGUGGCAGUGUUUUUCUGUAUAUACCAAACUCUGUCUUCGAAGAAAGCUAGUAGGAAGUAAGCUUGUAUUUUCUCAUCUCACCAGAGUAGCAUUCACAGGCUACUGUGGCAACAUAAUUCCGGUUUUGCAUUUUAGUUGAAACGUCCAAGAAAUGCCUCUGCCAAGAUUGUUGAUGGUGGUUACAGGAGACGAUUUUGGCUACUGCCCGAGAAGGAACCAGGGAAUCGUGGAGUGCUUUUUGGCCGGAGGCAUUUCCAAUGUAUCCCUGCUUGUUAAUGCCUCGGCUGCCAAAGAGGCAGCUGGCCUGGCUCGCAGACACAAAAUCCCAAUUGGCCUCCAUGCCAACCUGUCUGAGGGCACCCCUGUGUAUCAGCAGCUCCAACAGAUUUCCACACUCAUUAACCCCCAAGGCUUCUUUCAUGGAAAGAUGGGUUUUCGCCAAGCCUUGGAGAAAGGCCAACUCAGCAUGAACCAGGUAGAGCUGGAGCUGAGGGCCCAAGUCAGGCGCUUUAUAGAAUUGACAGGUCACCUGCCUCAUCACAUGGAUGGACACCAGCAUGUUCAUGUUCUGCCAGAUGUUCGGGAAGUGUUUGCACAGGUUCUCUCUGACGUAAGGAUUCCAUUCACUCGUGUUCCAAUGGAGCCAGGUUUGUGCAACUGUCCAUGGAUCCCAGCACACCUCCACACUUUUUACAUGGAAGUUGAAAAGAAUGCCCUGGACUCAAUUCCUGUCUUCAAACACUAUGGAAUCAGGUGGCCAGACGUGUACUUGGGACUCUCCACCAUGGGUCAGAACAUGUCAGUUUCAAGCCUGCAGAGGGCUCUCAAGCAAGCUUUGGGAACUAGAACUUUUAACACCAUCUCCAGAAGAGCACCUGGCCUUCAUCAACCAGUCAUCACAGCAGAGCUCAUGGUUCAUCCAGGUUACCCAAGUCAUCCUGAUGAAGGUGGCUGUGGGGAGGGCCCAGAUGACUUCUCCCAGUCUGCUGAAAGAGAACAUGAGCUCAGUAUGCUCAGAAGCCCAUCUGUCCUGGAGCUUUACUGCCAGGAGGGAGUUCAACUCUGUGGUUUUAGAGACCUUUGACAACUGUUGUCAUGGAGUAGUACAGUUUUACACUUGUGGAUAAAGUUUAAUUACAAGAACUUCAAAUCCCGUACGAUGUGGAAGAGUUUGUUUACUAAAAUAGCUCAGGUAACCAGAGGGAAUUUCUUAAAUAAUUUUGUUUGGACAAAAUCUAAUUACUUUUAAAUAUGUAAAGGAAAGGAUAACUUAGGAAGUUAAACUAGAUGAAUACAGUCUAAAAGGUCAGGUUCUACAAUUAUUUUCAAUGCUUCCUUAUUUAUGAUGGAAGCAUUGAAAAGGUAGCUCCCAUCUGAAUUAAACUUUCUUUGUCAUAACUUAUCACAAGCUUAUCACAUACACAUGAUCAAUUGGUGACAUCAACUCAUCCCCCUUUAACCUUGCAGAAAGUUGGCUUUUUUCAUACUUUUCCCCCCCUUUUGCUCUAUGAUUAAUACAGAUGGAAAAAUGUACUUAAUGACAAAGAAAAUGUUGGUAAAUCCUCCUCUCAACAUGAGCUGCUGGCUGGAGCAUGUGGGCAUGGCUGAAUGGCGAAUUCCAGUCUCGCCGUUCGCAUACAUUUGACUCUAAAUCACACAUGCAUCAUCUGAUUUGCACCAAACAUGAUUUACCUUUAACUUCUAAUGAGCCCAGUUGCCUUAAAUUGUAAUUUGACUCCACUGCUCCCAGUAGAUUAUUUCAACAGCUAUACCUCCUUUUAUACAUCAACCAAUCUGCAUCGGAUUUUUAGUGCGUCAUCAGUGCUCAACACAUUGACUUACAUAUCUCAGAGAUAGUGUUGUCAGGUGGGGGGACAAAAUUUUUUUAUAAAAUAUAUAUUUUUGAAUUUAGUGUAUCCAUCAGUUUCCUUUGUAAAUUUUGUGAUUUUCUAAUAGAGGUUUUUAAUACUUUGCAGUAAAAUACAGUCAGUACCACCACCAAGUUUACUUAGUAACAGUAAAAGGAAAGGCAAACAGAAAAAAAGACACCUGGAGGAUUCGGACAGCAAAAAGCAGCGCACCUGGACCAAUUCUCACCUGGAUGAGCAUGACAACCAGAAAGCUAAAUGAACAACCCAAAAAAUAAUUUGAGUCAUCUAGAUAGUUGUGUACGAUGCUGGUUUUGCUAUCGCUGUUGAAAAGCUGCCAUGCGCUACUGAGGAAUAAUAUUUCAGACAUAGUGAUGCUCAACCUCCACGUGGCAGUGAACUCUCACCAAAUGUCUGCGUAAAGCUGCAGCAUGUAAUUAACAAAAAAAAAAGAUUUUACAUGUAUUAAAACGUUUGCUAUGACGUAAUAUAAGAUAAUCAUUAAACAAAUCAUAAAUCUCUUCUCCCUCCUCCUGGCAUACUGCAGUGGUUUUUGAAGUUGUGCCGGAUUCUUGAAUCUUCUCGAUUUGAUAAAUUUAAUCCACCAUCAUCUCUUUGGCUGGUGCCCUUUCAUCAGAUUUCCAUUGAUAUUCCUGGACACAGCUCUCUGAACAGCCAGCAUCUUUAGCUACGAACUUUUGUGGCUUACCCUUCCUAUGGAGGGUAUCAAGUGGUGCUUUGAGUUUAGUAGAUGAAUAGUGUGUCACACUCAAUUUGCAACAUUAAUGCCCUGUAAAAUUUGGGCUGGUUUCUGCAGAGUAUUCUAAUUUUUUGAAUUCCUGCUUUUGUGGACUUAAUGAGCUGGACAGGCAUGUGCUUUAGCACCUGCCCCUUUUAUUUUUGAUGCCCCUAGUGCCCUUUUUCAGGUUGUUUUUUCAAAAAAAAAAAAAAAAAAAAAUCAAUUUUUUUUAUUAUUUUUAAAAAUCUGUGUCAGGAGGCCUGCUUGUGCCCCUCAGCAAUAAUAUUUAGCUAAGUAUAAUAAUUUAGCAAAAAUAAACUAUUUUGCUAAGUAGUUUAUUUAGCAAAAUAAACUACUUUAUUUCUUAGUCAUUGUUAGACUGAGUUUCUGCCUCCAUGUUGUUCAAACUCCGGGUCCAUGGUGAAGAGGAGGGGCGCUGAUCUGUGCCUCUAUCAUAUUAUGGGCAAGAAUAUGUUUUAUACACUGGUUUGUAAAUAAAAACAUAGGUCUGAUGUUGACUUAAAAAAAACUCUAUUUAUAUUUUCAUAAUUGUCUUCGCAAUAUGACACAGAAAUGCCUCUAAACAAAGAAAUGCUAACUACUCUGCUAAAUGCCCGGUUCUACAGGCAGUCUGGGUCGGUCAAACUGACAGAUAUAAGAAGGUCUGUCUUUAUCUCAGACAUCCUGACAUUAGACACGGUACUACGUCUGUCACCACGAGUCGCGACGCAGCUCAAAACCCUGGUACCAUCUGGUACGAGUCACCAGAUUGGUACCAUCUGCGUUGCGACUCGUGGUGAUGAGUCACCUGAUGGUACCAGGUGGUGAGGAGUCACCAGAUGAUACCAGGUGGUGAGGAGUUACCAGGUGGUACCAGGUGGUGAGGAGUCACCAGAUGGUACCAGGUGGUGAGGAGUCACCAGAUGGUACAAGGUGGUGAGGAGUCACCAGAUGGUACCAGGUGGUGAGGAGUCACCAGAUGGUACCAGGUGGUGAGGAGUCACUAGAUGGUACCAGGUGGUGAGGAGUCACCAGAUGGUACAAGGUGGUGAGGAGUCACCAGAUGGUACCAGGUGGUGAGGAGUCACUAGAUGGUACCAGGUGGUGAGGAGUCACCAGAUGGUACCAGGUGGUGAGGAGUCACCAGAUGGUACCAGGUGGUGAGGAGUUACCAGAUGGUACCGGGUGGUGAGGAGUCACCAGAUGGUACAAGGUGGUGAGGAGUCACCAGAUGGUACCAGGUGGUGAGGAGUCACUAGAUGGUACCAGGUGGUGAGGAGUCACCAGAUGGUACAAGGUGGUGAGGAGUCACCAGAUGGUACCAGGUGGUGAGGAGUCACCAGAUGGUACCAGGUGGUGAGGAGUCACCAGAUGGUACCAGGUGGUGAGGAGUUACCAGAUGGUACCGGGUGGUGAGGAGUCACCAGAUGGUACCAGGUGGUACCAGGUUCGCUCGGCUUCUCCUCAACCUUUCUACCAGGUGGGUUAAAGCCGCCUGGUAGAAACUGUUGACAGGAUCUGGGAUGGAGGUGAGCGACUAUAAAUACAAUAGAAGUUACUGCAGACCCUCAAGUGUUAAAGGGAAAUUCGGUCUAGAGCUUUUAGAGUUCAUAAAUAAACAUCAGAAAAAAUAUCGAUAAGGUGAAACCUGUGAGAGGGAGACCAGGUUUAUUGGCCAAAUUUAAAAUCAGUCACUGAUUAUUGGUUACUUGCUGUGAUGUAUUUGUGAACAAAUCCAAUUCAAACACAAAGAUUACACCAUAUUGUAGCCAUGGUAACACAACAAUUCAAAUUAUCAAGAUGAUUCUUUAAAUGUUUACAAAGUAAACUUCCUAAUUAAAUCCUAAAUGUACUGUUUUCCCUCAGCUGAAUGCACUAAAUAAAAUUUUGUGACAUUGUCAUUCUCUAUAAAUGAUGCUACAUGUUUAGAUCUAUGGUCUGUGUUACAAUUCAAUCAUUUCUAGGGGCCCUAGCAACAGCUGCUGAGUUUUCUUUGGCUUGAUAUCCCAUUAAUUCUAGAUCUCAGAGGUGCUAACAUCAAAAAUUAUGUAAACGCCUUUGAGUUUUUUUGAUUUAUAAAUCAGUCUGUACAGUGUUUGCAAGGCGCGUAAAUCCCAUCUCAUUCUUGAAGGGGUGCCUGUCCACAGGAAAAUCUUAGUGAUUUUGGGGAGGGUUGCCAAAGUUACUGUUAAAUGUAACGUAAAAUGUGGUUUAAUUUUUUUAUUGUGUUCAAGAUGCACCACUAAAAAUGAGUGGUAUGUAGCAAUGCGUAUCAAACAUGUUUUUCUCAGUAAACAACCUGUUGAGACCGUAGAAGAUGCAAAUGUCGAUUAAAUGAGUUUGGUUCAGUGUCCCUGAUCUUGUCUCUGCUACAGCUUUACAAAAAUUUAAGGUUCUGACUAAAAACAAGUUUUCAUGGGUGACUCCACUUAAUAAAAUUCCUCAUAAAUAUUGAUUUAUUGCAGUUGCUCUUAAUACAAGUUAUGUGUUAUUUAAAUUAUAACUCAAGUUGCUUUACUUUUUUUUAUUUUUCCAUGUCUUGGAUGGAUGAGAACCUAUAAAUAUGUAGAAAUUGAAUAUCUGGGUGUAUCAUUAACUUAAGGCUCAGCACUAGAGUUUUCUUGAAAAGUACUCAAGAUUUUAUUUUGUGGUUUUAAAGCCUCUAUAUUGAAGAUGAUAAGAAAUAAAGACUUGCUUUAUUAUUAUUUACCGUCAACUGCUCUGCAAUAGCCCCUCUGCUCUGGGCUCCCAUACAGAGCUGUCAGCUACUGGUAACACUCAAGCUUUCACUCUACUUAUUAAAGUACGAGAAUUAAAUAUAAUUGAAAUAUUGGCUACCUUCGACAGAAAAGAGAGAAGUUUACGAAAGCAACGUACCCAGUUUAGCUAGUUUAGAUUUAAGUCAUAAUGAGGCAGUUUAUUAUGAUUCAGCCAAACUAAUGAAAUAACUGCAGUCUGAUUUUUAUUGUUAAUGUGUUUCUUCCUAUUGAGCAGUGAAGGUAAAUAAAAGGUGUUCCAUGUC